AACAGAUUUUUUUUUUAAUUUAUAUUUGGCUAAAAUACUUUCUUCCCUUCUUUCAGUUUAUUUUCUCUCCUCUUUCUUCCAAUUUUUCGUUUCGGAAGCAAUUGUUUUCUAUAUCAGGUGGGAUCUUUCAUUUCUUGUUCUUUUAAGGUUUUCCUUUCAUGAUUCUAUCUGGGUUGUUGUCUUUCGUUUGCAUUAUUUGUCUGAAUGCAUAUAGUUUUUUCUGUCUCUCUGAAGUUUCUGCUCAUCAAGUGUGUUGGAAAUUUGAAGAUUUGAGGUUUUUUUUUUUUUUUUUUAAUUGAAAGAUGCUUACUUUUACACAUGGGUAUGAAACUACGCAUAAUUUGGUUUGAAUUUUGCUCCUAAAUUUUCAUGCCUUGAUACCUUUUUGUUCAUCAAUUCUGUUACGUCGUUAAAGUUUACCCCUUUUUCUUUGACUUCUUAUGCAGAGAUUUUAGUUUAUCUAAUGCUUUAGUUCUUCACUUUUCUUAUUGUUUUUAUCAUUGAAGGUGCUUUGCAUAUCCAUCUUGAACUGGGGAGGACUGAUUGGAUUUACCUCGGAUUGGAGUUUAAUGCAAUUUUAUUCUUUUGAUGAGCAUCAUGUCAAUGGGAACUUCCGAGGCAGUUCUGCAAGUUUUGUCUGGGGCUGUUCCUCGGCGUUUAAGUGGUGAUAUGUAUUUAAGCAAUUCUGAUUUAGCAUUCCCUUUUAAAUUUCACAUUAAACCUUUAAAAAGGAAAGCCUUAAAGCAUAUACAAUCCUUCAAGUCUUCAAGUGCUAUAAAAUGUCAAUGUCAAAUAGGAAGCUAUUGGAAUAAAGGUGGUGGUCGUUUUUAUGGGAAAGCUGUUGUUGACAGAUUGAAGCUUGUUAGUUGCAAUUGCCAACAUUCAGAAAGUGUAAAUGGGAUAACUGCAGGGGAAAAAAAUGGGGCAUGGUAUGUGGAUAGUGCAAAGAAAUUAAAUCUAAAUGGUGCGAUGGAUACACAGAAUAUUUUGGAGUUUGAGGACCUUCAGAAGACGAAGAAGGAAAAGGAGAGUUUGACGUCUAAUGGUGCCACUGAUACAGGGACAACAAAGUUUCACAAGGCUGGUGUAGAUCCCAUUGAGGAUGAAGCAUGGGACUUACUGCUGGAUUCUGUGGUAUACUAUUGUGGCAGUCCUGUUGGAACAAUUGCUGCCAAUGACCCCACAAGUUCCAAUGUAUUGAAUUAUGAUCAAGUAUUUAUUCGUGACUUUAUACCUUCUGGUAUUGCUUUUCUAUUGAAAGGAGAGUAUGACGUUGUUCGGAACUUCAUCCUUCAUACACUUCAAUUACAGAGCUGGGAAAAAACAAUGGACUGUUAUAGCCCAGGUCAGGGUUUAAUGCCUGCAAGUUUUAAGGUGCACACGGUUCCUCUUGAUGACAAUGAAUCCAUGACUGAGGAGGUUUUGGAUCCUGACUUUGGAGAGGCAGCCAUUGGCCGUGUCGCACCUGUUGACUCUGGAUUGUGGUGGAUUAUAUUAUUACGUGCAUAUGGGAAAUGCUCUGGUGAUCUUUCUGUUCAGGAAAGAAUUGAUGUUCAAACUGGCAUAAAGAUGAUUCUGAGGCAAUGUCUUGCUGAUGGUUUUGAUAUGUUUCCAACAUUAUUGGUGACAGAUGGUCCUUGUAUGAUAGACCGUCGUAUGGGAAUUCAUGGUCACCCUCUGGAAAUCGAGGCCCUUUACUAUUCAGCUCUACUAUGUGCACGUGAAAUGCUUGCUCCAGAUGAUGGAUCCAAUGACCUUAUUCGUGCGCUUAAUAAUCGUUUGGUGGCCCUGUCAUUCCAUAUCAGGGAAUAUUAUUGGCUUGAUUUGAGAAAACUUAAUGAGAUUUACCGUUACAAGACUGAGGAAUAUUCAUAUGAUGCAGUUAAUAAGUUUAACAUUUACCCAGAUCAAAUUCCUUCUUGGUUGGUGGAAUGGAUGCCCAAUAAAGGAGGCUACCUAAUUGGGAACUUGCAACCAGCUCACAUGGAUUUCCGAUUCUUCUCCCUGGGGAACUUGUGGUCUGUUGUAAGUGGUCUUGCUACAAAGGAUCAGUCACAUGCCAUCUUGGACCUUGUUGAAGCUAAAUGGGCAGAUUUGGUAGCAGACAUGCCUUUAAAGAUAUGUUACCCUGCUCUUGAGGGUCAGGAGUGGCAAAUUAUCACUGGCAGCGAUCCUAAGAACACGCCUUGGUCCUACCACAAUGCUGGUUCAUGGCCUACUCUACUCUGGCAGUUCACAGUUGCCUGCAUAAAGAUGAAUAGACCAGAAAUGGCCGCCAAAGCUGUUGCAGUUGCUGGGAAACGCUUAUCAAGGGACAAAUGGCCUGAAUAUUAUGAUACUAAAAAAGGGAAGUUUAUUGGAAAACAGUCACGCCUGUUCCAGACCUGGUCUAUUGCUGGUUACCUUGUUGCAAAACUCUUGAUUGCCAAACCAACUGCAGCAAACAUUCUAAUUACCGAAGAGGAUUCUGAGCUUAUGAAUGCCUUCUCUUGCAUGAUCACCACUAACCCAAGAAGAAAGCGAGGUCGGAGGAACCUGAAGCAGCCCUACCUGGUAUGAUUUCCUUCCGAAAAAAAAAGAAAAAAAAACCCUGCAAGAUGUAGUAAGCAUGUACCUAACUCAUGGUACAAUUUAUUUUGUCCCUCCUGACCAUAAUUUGAAAUUGGCAUUUUUCUUUUACAUUUUGUUUAAUAGGAAAGCUCCAUUUCUAGAACAGCUCACAUCCAAAAUGUCAAAAUAGCAUUCUUUACAUCUGUAAAGUUUUUACUCUGAUUCCAGAGUAGUGUAUUAUGUAGUCCUGAAACAAUACCAUUAUUAUGUAAUGAACAUCAGAAACUAUUUUUGGUUUCCUCGGUGUUUUAUAUCAUAUUAUGAAUAAAAUGAAUAUCAUAUU